AUGCAGGAGGCCUCCUCAUGCCUGGGUGAAGUCAUCCCUACUCUUCUACACACCUCAAGCACCUUUGGACUCUUCUCCACAGAGACAACCACAACAACAUCCACUAGCAGCAUUCUGGCUGUGCCGGCACCGUUUCUGGUGUUAUGUGCCUGUGUUUUGGGGUUUUAUCAUGUGGAGGCCACACCAGACAACAUGAGCUCUCUGGAUUCUUCUUUCUGUCAUGGUGAACUAGAGGUCAUCUAUCCACAACUGGACAUUGACAAAUGCCUCGUAAUUCCAAAGGACCUGAAACUCAGAGAAAUGGUCAGCACAGUUUGGAAAGCACCAAAUAUUUCCUUCUCUGGAGCACACAAGAAUAAGAAGUAUGUUCUGGUGAUGGUUGAUCCUGAUGCUCCAAGCCGAGCCAAACCAACAUCCGCUUACUGGAGACACUGGCUGGUCGUGGACAUACAGGGUAAUGCACUGAAGACAGGACAUGUACACGGGAAGACCCUCACUGACUAUCAUCCUCCAACCCCGCCACAGGAAUCUGGUUUUCACCGCUACCAGUUCAUGUUGUUUGAGCAGCUUCCAGAGGCACCAGUGUCACUCAGCGAGCAGGAGAAGUCAUCCCGCGGUAAAUGGGAUCUUCAGGCCUUCAUCACAAGGUUUGAUCUGGGGGAGCCUGUGUCCACUCUGCAGUUCCUCACCCAAAACUACAAAGACUGA